AUGCAUAUUUCAACACUCUUUGGGGCACUCCCCGUUCUCAUUGCGAUCCUUACACCCACUACUUUUGCGCAAACAUGGUCUUUCUGCAACCCCAUGAACCAGACCGGUUGCCCCAACGACAUCGCUCUCGGCAUCUCGAACUAUAGUAUCGAUCUUACAUCGCAAAUAAUGUCGACCGAUGUCUGGAACACCACCGCUGGAACGAUCAAUUAUGACUUUAAAGAAGGGGCACAAUUUAUCAUCGAGAAGAAACUCGAGUCUCCUACCAUUCAGUCCAAUUUCCAUAUCUUCUUCGGACAGGUCGAGGUCAUCAUGAAAGCUGCUCUGGGCCAGGGUGUCGUUAGUUCAAUUGUGAUCCAAAGUGACGACUUGGAUGAGAUCGAUUGGGAGUGGAUUGGUGGGAAUCAGACCCAUGUACAGACAAACUACUUCGGCAAGGGCAAUACAACUUCCUACGACCGCGCCAUUUGGCAUGAAGUGCAGACUCCGCAAGAGCUCUACCACAACUACACCACCGACUGGCAAAAGGACAAGACUGAUUUCUACAUUGACGGUCAAGUUAUUCGAACACUCAAGAAGGAAGAGGCGAACGGAGGCAAGAAUUACCCGCAAACUCCUGCUGAUGUUCGUCUGGGUAUCUGGCCUGGCGGAGAUCCCAAAAACAAUGAAUACACUAUUGAGUGGGCAGGAGGAGCGGUAGACUACGAGCAGGCACCCUUCACCAUGGCUGUCAAGAGUGUUCGUGUUAGCGAUGCCAGUACUGCGACAGAAUACCACUGGAGUGACCAGACUGGAAGCAUGGAAAGUAUUGAGGUCAUCAAUGGCACAAAACGUGCCUUUGGUCUUGAUGGCAACAACAGCGUCUCCCCCGCGCAGACUGCCGCCCAGCGCUGGAGAGCACUCUCCGAUACUGCCAAGAUCGCCAUCUUCUGCUCCGUUGGUGGUGUGCUACUCGUUGCGAUGGGCAUUAUGGCUUUCUGCUGCAUCAAGCAACGAAGGGCUGGCAAGAAAGAACGUGUCCUUGCUGAUGCUGAAUUCGAAAAGGGCACCGCAGAGCUGCUCGCUUUUAGAGCGGAGAUGAACCGCCAGCGGGCCCUGCGGAUGCAGGACACCAAAAGUGGCCUAGGCGGGAAUGGCUAUCAGAAAUUCUGA